GGAGAUGACUUUGUAGCAAGCUCACAUCGCUUGUCGUAUCACUCACCAAUCUCAGAGUAUCAUGCGAGUUAAAGCCCUUCUGUCCUUGGUUCUGGGGUUCGCGGCUUUUAUCUCGGCCCAAACUGUGGAAUGUCCAGCUCCCCAAUGCGAUUCUGGAGACGGCGAUGGUCAGUACGCUUGCGGAGUUUGCGACCCAAGCGACCCGCAACUUUGCGUAAUUGGCGGCAUUCAGCAUGCCUGUACUAACGCUGGAGAUCCAAACUAUCCAAACGACGGUGGAGGUAGCUGUAUUUCGACGUGCUAUUACUUUACAGGAACGGCGGGUGCUGGGAGUAGAGAUCCGUAUACCCAGUGUUGUUAAUCAGAAUGCGAUAGGAUCUGCUCGCCGUGGAGCUGUUUGUGCAAGGAUGAGGGGCUGCUGAAGGCUUGGCGAUUUUCAAACCAUCCUGUAGAGUAUCAUGAGUAGUCUAGCAAUCCUCUUUGACAGAUGAGGGUAUUCCGUAACCGACCGU